CCUGACGGUAAUACGGAGAUGACUCAGAAAUGUCAAAAUUUGCAAAGUAGAAAGGGUUUAGUGUUAUUUGUAUCGACCAUAAAAGCUCUGCAGUAACAAUAAUUUGUAAAUUUCGUGUUUCAAAUCAAAAAUAUGGUUGUUAAUUGUGAUGUAGUAGUGCAAUCCAAUAAGUGAAAUUCCGUCAGAUAUAUUUUUAACUGUAGACAAAAAACCAGUCAAUCUAUUUUGCAUAGAUAAAAACAUAAAUAGCAUAUGCCAACUAUGGUGGAUAACGCAGUUAUUAGCAGUACCAAUAUUCCUUCAGUUUCAAAUGACACUUCAACGGGUAGCAAUGUAUUUAUUGACCCAAUAUUCCUUCAGACAAAAUUAUGCCAGACCAUAGCUGGAUUAUUUGUUUGGGCAGCUUUAUUUCUUACUUGUAGCCAAAUAUAUCACCAUCUCAGGUGGUAUACAAAUCCUGCUGAACAACGUUGGAUUGUUAGAAUAUUAUUUAUUGUACCUAUAUAUGGGACCUAUUCUUGGAUAAGUCUCUUAUUUUUUAACUCUGAAAGUUAUUAUGUAUAUUUCUUUACAGUUCGUGAUUGCUAUGAAGCAUUUGUGAUCUAUAACUUUUUAUCUCUUUGCUAUGAAUAUCUCGGUGGAGAGAGUAACAUUAUGUCAGAAAUCAGGGAAAAACCUAUUAGAUCUAGUUGUAUGUAUGGAACUUGUUGUUUAAAUGGUAAAACAUAUACUAUUGGAUUUCUAAGAUUUUGUAAACAAGCAACCCUUCAAUUUUGUUUAGUUAAACCGUUAAUGGCAUUUGUUAUUAUAUUUUUGCAAGGUUUUGGUCACUACAGGGAUGGUGAUUGGAGCCCAGAUGGUGGUUAUUUAUAUAUUACCAUCAUAUACAAUAUAUCCGUUUCUCUUGCCUUGUAUGGACUCUUCUUAUUUUAUUUUGCUACUCGAGACCUUCUUACACCUUUUGAACCAGUAUUAAAGUUCUUCACAGUAAAAUCAGUUAUUUUCUUAUCCUUCUGGCAGGGAGUUGGUUUAGCUAUUUUAGAAAAAGCUGAUGUUAUCUCUCCUAUUAUAGACAAUAAUGGAACACGUACAUCUGCUGGUACAGUCUCAGCAGGUUAUCAAAAUUUUCUGAUAUGCAUUGAAAUGUUUUUUGCUGCUGUAUCAUUGAGAUAUGCGUUUCCUUAUAAGAUAUAUGCUCAAGGAUGCCGAACCGAUUCAAGAGGUAGAUCCGUGACAAUGCAAAGCAUCUCAAGUAGCCUCAAGGAAACUAUGAAUCCUAAAGAUAUUAUGACCGAUGCCAUCCACAAUUUCCAUCCUCAGUACCAACAAUACACUCAAUACAGCUCAAACAUGAUUUCACGACAGCCUUAUGAAAGUUUGUGACAUUCGCAGUUCAGUGAUGACUAAUUCGAUUUAUUAAAUUGAGGGUCAUCCUUGGACUGGGUUUUAAAAAUUCAAGGUAAUGCUUUUGGAUCGAAUAAAAUCCUUUUGAUUGAUGAUAGUAACAACACGGUUUAUUCAUUGAAUAUAUGUAUCAAUUAGGGAUAUAUGCUUAGAAAUUUUCACUUUAGGCUUAUCUAAAUCUUUGUACUUAAUUGAAAGGUACGUACUUAAAACAAGUUAAAUUUGCAUCCUCCCAAUAUCUUGAGUUAAAUCAAAGUAGGUCAAUUUUAAACUCCUUUUUUUAUGUAUCGAGCAACAAAAAUUUGGAGAUGAACAAUUUUAAAGAAUAUUGAUUUAUAUUGGUGAUUUGUACAUUUGAUUAAAAUUUGAAAAUAUUUGGUGGUGCAAAUUUUAUUUGGGUCUAAUUCAUGUUUGACUUUCCAAAUUUUAUUAAUUCGAUUUUAAUUGGGAUUGUUCCAUCUGAAAGCAGUUAUUUUGUGGAAAAUUAUAUUGACUAUUUGAAGACAUUUACUACCUGUUACUGUAAUAAUUAAAAUUGACGAUCCAAUACAAGAAUAUCUUUGUUUGGUAUGAUCUAUAAACGUUGAUUAUUUUUUUUACUUAUUGUAGUUAAUUUAAGAUAUCUAUAAUCAAUAAAUGUGUUAUAAAUGGUAUUUUUUCUAAACCUCCUUUUGGUCAACUUGAAUGUUGUAUUGUAAAUAUAUAGUGUGUUCAUAAAGAUGAUGGGUGCCAUCGUAGAGAUGAUAUAAGGUUUGUUCUUGGUAUCUGAACUGGGCCAGUGCAGGCCAAUUUGUAAGUUUAUUCUUGGUAGCUGCACUGGCUAGUGAAAUAGUUCAGGAAGUGUACACUAAAGCGUUCUUGGGUUGGACAGUUCAGCCAGUGUAGUAGUAAUAAAUGUAAUUUGGAAACGAUGGCAUUACAUCUUCGUCAUCGGACGAAUGUAAAAUAUCAAAAGUACUAUAUACCAUGAGAAAACUUUUUCCAUGUGGGUGCCGUGUUUACAAACAGUCGAUCAAAAACCACAAAAAUUUUAUAAAAUCGUCGUUUCUAUCAUAUUGUACAAGAUACGCUAUCGUUCAGAGGUCCUGUUGUAUUUCUAUCAUUAUUGAUCUAAAUUUUAUUUUGUCUUUAUCUGAAAUUUUAUUUAGAAAAAACAAGCUGAAGUAGUGAAUAAAAUCCAAUUUGUAUUAGAACAAAAGGUUUAAAAAUGAAAUUAUUGAUAUAGUUUAAGAAAUUGAAUUAAAACUACAACAGGUUCCCCUACUGCAACAGGAGUAUUUUGUGAGCUAUUAUAGUUUUUUUCAAGAACUAUAAUAUUGUCAGUGUCAAUAUCAUAUUUUGAUAAAGACUUAAAGAAAAGUGGAAACAUCAAAAUUUAUAUUUCUUUUAAAAACUAUAAAAAAAACUAAGUUUAAAACAGAAGAACACAAGAACAUUUACAUGCAUUAUAAUAUUUUAUAUAAUACAGUGAACCAAUCAAAUCACCUCGCAAUAUUAAAGACCUGCAUGGAUUAGUUUGAAAUUUUGUCAGAGGCUCAAAAAUGAUGCAAAUAACAAACCUGAUUUGGUGCCAAUAUAUGCUUCUACCCCAGGGGUGAAUGCCACCUUUACUCGGGGGUGGAAAUUUCAAAUUAAAACCGGGAAUCGAUAGAGAAUUGAAUUUUAUGAAGAAAAUGUAGAAUAUAGUUUUUUAUUUAAAUCAAUAAUUUCGCGAUUGAUAAUUAAAAAAAAGAACGUUUUUCAACAUUUUCUUGCGAAAUUUACGUAUUUUCUGGAAAAAAUUAUUCUUAUCAAAAUUAGAGCUUAUGAAAAAACAAAGAAAUUAGUUAGUUUAGAUUAAAUUUUUUAAAUAAUAUUCAGCAACUUAUGAGUCACUGAAAGCCAAUUUUUUCUUUUUCGUAAAUUUAUGCAGAGGUUUGAGCUCGAAAAAACGAUCAAUUUUUCAUAGAAAAUUGUAAUGAACAUUUUUUAAGUACUUUUUCAGACCUUUAAAAUGAGCUUUUUAUAAAACUGUCUAUCAUGAAAAUUAAGUGGGCUAUGACGAAAAUAAGUAACUCGAAUUUGAAAAAAAAAAUGUCAGUAAAUUUGACACCAUGUGCGGCAAAAUUAAAAUUAAUCGUAGCCCAUGUAAAAUUAUCUUUGUUUAAGCCCUAACAACAAGUUCCAAAAGUUUGAAUGGUUUGGAACACGUAUAUUUUGAAAAAAGUUGUUUAAUGUGAAUUUUUUUUUUCGAUUCAAAAAAAACGUUUUUUCAAAAUAUCUCAAAAGCUAUUGGAUCAACGAAAGAAUUUUUCUGUAAAAUUUAGUCAUUUUUACCCUUUAACAUCAAAAUUCUCUGAAGAAAAGGGCCUAGAAAGGUUGCAACUAUCAUGGUUUUGUAGCUUAUGAAAUUCCCUACAAAAUGAAGUAUGGAUGAAUGCAAAAAGCUUGAAGAGAAGCCGAAUUAUUAUUAAAAAAAAAGCUCAGAUCGAGAAUUUUAUUUCUUAAAAUUAGGAAAACAAAAUGAGCCUUCUGUUAUUUAUUCAUCCAAAAGUUUUGAAUGGGAAUACCCAAACAAUGGAAAAUUAAUACUUUUUUCGCAUUGUUUCACUGGUUGCGACUCUACGUCUGCAUUUUUCAAUAAAGGAAAAAAAGCUUAUUGAGCUCUUAGAAAAACGAGCUGAUUUAAAAGAAAAAGUUAAAACCUUUUAUGAUCCUAACUCACAGUUUGACGACAUAUCUCAAAGAUUAUGUGGCAUUUUUAGAAAAAAAAAAAUGCGCUAUGAAUCUUUUAUUGAAGCUACAACCAGAAAAAUGCUGUAAAUUUGGCAUCUGUAGUGCCAACUAUCAGUUCUCUAGAUGAACAUAUCAAAAGAGUUUAGCUGCAAAACCAUUUGGCUCGGUAACAAAACUCUCAAUUUCACUGAUUGGGGAUGGACAAAAAUGAAUGGCACCUUGGUACCAAACAAAAUGAUGGAUCCUCCAUCACCAGAAGAGCUACUUAAAAUGAUAUUUUGCGAUUGUAAAAAAAGAUGUGGCUCAACUUACGGGAGUUGCAUACUUGGAUUAUAUUGCAAUCAAACUUGCUCUGGUGAUAGCUGCCAAAAUUGUCCUGUUGACCAAGAAGAAAAGGAAGUUGUUGAAGAAGAAAUAGAUGAUUUAGAAAGAUAAAUUAUUGAUGUAUACUUUAAAAAUCAUGUUAAUUUUAUACUUAAUAUAAUGUUGUAAAAUAAAUAUUUUUUAUUAUCUGUUCGAGAAUUAUAUUCUCAAACCAAUGAAUGAUCAUUCGAUUUUAGAAUCGAUGAUCUUUCAAAAAUGAUUAAUAAAUUUACGACUACCUGAUCUCAAAAAAAAAUUGGAGUCAGUUGUCAGUGCAUUUAAAAAAUGAAAAGUCAAAUUAAUUUCUCUUGAUGAAUUAACAUAGUUCUUUUAUUCAAUUUACGUUUCAAGAGUUAUUCACUGUAUUUGGGCGCAGGACAAGUUUUGUGUUUAACAUUUUGUGUAGUGUAGUCAUAUUUUAUUAUAACUCUUUAUCCUGAAAGUGUCUCAAUUUAUAUCGACAGAAGUCAAUAAGGCACCAACUACUGUAGCUUUACGAUCUAAAGUAGUUGCUAAAUAAAAGAUUAUUCAUAGUGGCGUAUGUCUUUUAGCCUUACACUAAAAUACCGUUUUGUGCUACCAAAAAUCAGCAACUGCUACAGUCUAAGUGCUGUACAGUUAACAAGUACGUGCAGCGCUCCUCACGCUUAGAUAUAAAUAGGCGUGUGGGUAAAGUGGUUGAAGAACACGGUCAUUUUCCAACCAUUAUUAUCAAAGUAUGAAGUUUAAAAUGUUUAAUAUUUAUAGGGGGUAAAAAGUUGCAGAAAUAUUUCAUUAUAUCAUAAACAACACUUCAUUUUCUUAACGAAAACCAUCACUUUAAGCUUUCAAAAAAAAAUUCCCUAAUUUAUGUGAUAAGGGAUAGUUUUUAGGGGUAAUUUGCAAUUUUUUCCAUUCCGAGGGGUGGUUUUUGGUGGUUGCAUUAUUAAAAAUAAUGAGGGUCAGAUUUCUCAUACUUGAAGA